UGCAAAUGCAUUCAUUAAGUUCAGUGCUUUAAGAUGGCAAGACUUUCAAUGCGUAGCUGUAAUUUAUUAUAUAAAUCUCCCGAUCUCUUGCGAUACCACGACGUUAGUUUCCUUUACUUGUUUUCUUGUUAUAUUUUAUUAUUUAUUUAAAUUGAUUGUUAAAAAAGAAUCAAAUAUAUAAUGAACAGACAUUCGCGGUAUUUAUUUAGUUUUGUGAAAACGAAUAAGUCGGUGAUCAGAACAUCGCACUUUACUUAUUAUCCUGACCCUCCAACGCCAGCUCAAAAUAAGCAAAAAAUGAAUAUGUUUCAAGCCAUCAAUAACGCCAUGGACAUUGCAUUGGGGGAAGAUGCGACAGCAUUACUAUUUGGCGAAGAUGUAGGCUUCGGUGGGGUUUUUCGUUGCUCCAUUAAUCUGAGGGACAAGUAUGGUAAAGAUCGGGUAUUUAAUACCCCUCUUUGCGAGCAAGGUAUAGCUGGGUUCGCGAUCGGAGUCGCUAAUGCAGGAGCAACAGCUAUUGCGGAAAUUCAAUUCGCUGAUUAUAUAUUUCCGGCCUUUGACCAGAUUAUAAAUGAAGCUGCAAAGUUUCGCUAUCGUAGUGGAGGAAUUUUCGACUGCGGUUCUUUGACUAUUAGAGCCCCUUGCGGAGCUGUGGGCCAUGGUGCCUUGUAUCACAGUCAAAGUCCUGAGGCUUAUUUUGCUCAUACACCCGGCUUAAAGGUAGUGGUUCCACGUGGUCCUGUUAAGGCUAAAGGGCUCUUAUUGGCAUGUAUUAGAGACCCCAACCCUUGCCUUGUUUUUGAACCAAAAGUUUUAUACCGCGCAGCAGUAGAAGAAGUGCCCGCAGAUGCUUACGUGUCGGAAAUUGGAAAGGCAGACGUGUUGCGUAAAGGAAAAGAUGUAACUUUAAUCGGGUGGGGUACCCAAGUACAUGUAUUACUGGAGGUGGCAGAGCUAGCUAAAAAAGAUCUGAAUGUGGACUGUGAAGUCAUUGAUCUGGUGUCCAUUUUGCCUUGGGACAAAGACGCAAUCUGCAAGUCUGUCAAGAAAACUGGUCGGGUCAUUGUUUCACAUGAAGCUCCUUUAACCCAAGGAUUUGGUUCUGAAAUCUCCGCCAGUAUCCAAGAACAUUGUUUUCUAUAUUUAGAAGCGCCUGUCAAACGUGUCACCGGCUGGGAUACUCCAUUCCCUCAUGUUUUUGAGCCGUUCUACUUGCCCAACAAAUAUCGCUGUUUAUCCGCGAUUAAAGAAGUGAUUAAUUAUUGAAAACGUUAUCAAAAACAUAUAGGCUAAUUAUAUUUCGAAGUAAUCGAAUGCAUUUAUUUGAUAAUAAUUUGUUCUAAGUUUGAUG